AUGUUACUAUUCAUGGAGUUACUGUUAAUAAUAGUGCCUCAGGUGGUGUGCAAGGAUCAUAGCCUUCAAUGUGACUUUGAUGAGCCUCUUCCUAUUCAUCAUACAUAUCAACACCUUGGAGAGAUUAACAUUGCUGGUAUUAUUUCUGUGUUCUCAACAUUUUCCGAUUCCAUUUCUUUCAUCCAUCAUCCUUCUCAGGAACUUCAAGAUGGACUUAUAGUAUCCUUUCAGAAUUAUCAGCACAUCCUUGCCUUAGCAUUUGCUCUCAAGGAAAUCAAUGAAAAUACCCAGAUCCUACCCAAUGUCACUCUGGGCUUCCACCUUUACAAUAGCAAUUUCAGUCCAAGUCGGACUUACCUUGCCUCAAUGGUGCUUCUCUUCACCCAGGGCAGAUUCAUCCCUAACUACAAGUGUGGGGUUCCAAACUCUUUAGCUGCAGUCAUUGGAGGGCCUGACAUCUGUCUCUAUGUGGCAACUGUUCUGUGCAUCUAUAAAGUUCCUCAGUUGACCUAUGGCUCUGCUCCAGUCAUGGAUAAAGAGACUCAAGCAGUUUUCUUCCAACAAAUGUUUCCAGAUGAGUCUCACCAACGUAAGGGCCUCUUGCAAUUAUUGCUGUAUUUUAGUUGGGUCUGGAUUGGAGUUCUUGUUGUGAAUGAUGACAAGGGGGAGGAAUUUGUCCAGGAGGUGCUCCCCACAUUUUCACAGCGUGGCAUCUGCUUUGAUUUCAUACAAAAGUUCCCUAAGGUAGAUUUUUACAUUGAUUUUAAUGAUCAAGUAGGUGAAGGACUCCAUGUAUAUCAAGUUCUCAUGAACAGCACAGCCAAUGUUGUAGUCUUAUAUGGUGAAAUCGAAUCUCUAUCACUUCUGAGAACAUACCUCCAAUUGUCAGAAGUGGAGGAUAUACCGAAGAAGGCAAAAAUCUUGGUUACAACAGCUCAGACAGAUUAUACUUCCAAUUCCUUUCAAAAAUCUUGGGGCAUCCAUUUCCUACAUGGGGCUUUAUCCUUUGCAGUUCACACAAAAGAAAUCCAAGACUUUCAGGAAUUUCUUCAGAACCUAAAUCCAGCCGAUAACCAGCACGAUCAUUUUCAGAAAGAUUUUUGGGAACAGGCAUUUGAUUGUUUCUUCUUGAACUCAAAAACUGAGACAUCUGAGAAGAAAUGUACUGGACAGGAGAGGCUUGGGACCCUUCCUACAUCUGUGUUUGAAACACGCAUGAGUGGUCAGAGCUAUAAUAUUUACAAUGCAGUCUAUGCUGUGGCACAUGCUUUGCAAUCAUUCUAUUUAUUCAAAUCCAGGGGGGAAACGAUAGCAAAAGAUAGAAAGCAACAGGUUCAGAAUCACCAGUUGUGGUGGCAGGUACAACCUUUAUCUUUAUGUAAUGAUCCCUGUGAGGCAGGAUACAGCAAGGCCAAGAAAGAAGGGGAGUCAUUUUGCUGCUAUGGUUGCCUUCUGUGUCCAGAAUGGAAAAUAUCAAAGGAGAAGGACAUGGAUAACUGCUCUCCAUGUCCAGAAGAUCAAUAUCCAAAUCCUGAUAAAAAUAUGUGCAUUCCAAAGCGGAUCACCUUUUUGUCCUUUGAAGAACCCUUGGGGAUCAGUCUGACUGUUCUUUCCCUUUGCUUUUCUUUAAUGACAACCUUGGUCAUCACAAUCUUCAUGAAACAUAAAGACACUCCCAUCGUCAAAGCCAACAACCGAAAUCUCACCUACACUCUCUUAGUUUCCCUUCUCCUCUCUUUCCUUUGUGUGUUUCUGUUCAUUGGAAGACCUGAUAAGAUUGUGUGUCUCCUUCGACAAUCUGCUUUUGGCCUCAUCUUUUCUAUAGCAAUUUCUUGUGUAUUGGCUAAAACCUUUGUUGUGGUUCUUGCAUUCAUGGCCACUAAACCUGGUUCCAGAUUGAGGAAAUGGAUAGGGGGAAGACUAGUCAGUUUCAUUCUUCUAGCUUGCUCCCUUAUUCAAAUGUGUAUUUGUGCUGCAUGGCUGAUAAUGUCCCCCCCACAUCCAGAUUUUGAUGUGCAGUCAAUGUCUGAAGAAAUCAUCCUGGAGUGCAAUGAAGACUCAGUCAUGUUCUGCUGUGUUUUGGGCUUUAUGGGUUUUCUUGCUCUGCUUAGCUUCUCUGCUGCUUUUCUAGCUAGGAAGUUACCUGACAGUUUCAAUGAAGCCAAAUUCAUCACCUUCAGCAUGUUGGUCUUCUGCAGUGUUUGGUUGUGCUUUAUUCCAACCUAUCUAAGCACAAGGGGAAAAUAUACAUUGGCUGUGGAGAUCUUCUCCAUGAUCUCCUCCAGUGCUGGAUUAUUGGUGUGCAUCUUUCUUCCCAAGUGUUUUAUCAUUGUGAUUAGAUCUGAACUGAACAAUAAACAUCAGCUCAUAAAAAGGACGUUUUAG